UUCGGCGGCAGCCAUAAAAGGUGGGCACAGUGACGCGCCUCAGUCGGUUCGUGGUUGAGCAGCAUUUCUACCGUCCGUUUUUCGAAAAACGGUUUCAGACGUAACGUGAAUUAAAAAAUACCCAUACACGGAGAUGUCAAAACCACUGUCAGACCAAGAAAAGAGGAAGCAGAUCUCUGUGCGAGGGCUAGCGGGGGUGGAAAAUGUGGCGGACCUCAAAACCAAUUUCAAUCGCCACCUCCACUUCACCCUGGUCAAGGACCGAAAUGUUGCGACAAAACGGGAUUAUUACUUCGCCCUGGCGCACACCGUGCGCGAUCACCUGGUGGGCCGGUGGAUCAGGACGCAACAGCACUACUACGAGAAAGACCCCAAACGUGUGUACUACCUCUCACUGGAGUUCUACAUGGGUCGCACCCUACAGAACACCAUGGUGAACCUGGGCUUGGAGAACGCCUGUGAUGAAGCCACUUAUCAGCUGGGCUUGGACAUGGAGGAGCUCCAGGACAUGGAGGAGGACGCAGGCCUCGGGAAUGGAGGGCUGGGUCGCCUCGCUGCCUGCUUCCUGGACUCCAUGGCCUCCUUGGGCCUAGCUGCAUAUGGCUAUGGCAUCCGCUACGAGUUCGGCAUCUUUAACCAGAGGAUCGUCGAUGGCUGGCAGGUGGAGGAGGCAGAUGAUUGGCUGCGCUAUGGAAACCCAUGGGAGAAGGCCCGCCCCGAGUACAUGCGUCCCGUCCACUUCUACGGCCGAGUGGAGCACCACCCUGACGGGGCAAAGUGGGUGGACACUCAGGUAGUCUUGGCCUUGCCGUAUGACACCCCCGUCCCUGGAUACAAGAACAACAUCGUCAACACCAUGAGGCUGUGGUCUGCCAAAGCGCCCUGCGAGUUCAACCUGAAAGACUUCAAUGUCGGAGGCUACAUUCAAGCUGUGCUGGACAGGAACCUGGCAGAGAACAUAUCCCGUGUGCUGUAUCCCAACGACAAUUUCUUCGAGGGUAAGGAGCUGCGUCUGAAGCAGGAGUACUUUGUGGUGGCUGCCACUCUCCAGGACAUCAUCCGACGCUUUAAGUCCUCCAAGUUCGGCUCCACCGAGGUCGUGCGCACGGACUUCACCACCUUACCUGACAAGGUGGCCAUCCAGCUGAAUGACACCCACCCCGCCUUGGCCAUCCCCGAGCUGAUGAGGAUCCUGGUGGACGAGGAGAAGCUGACGUGGGAGAAGGCCUGGGACAUCACCAUGCGCACCUGCGCCUACACCAACCACACCGUCCUGCCCGAGGCCCUGGAGCGCUGGCCCAUCGACCUGUUCCAGAACCUGCUGCCUCGCCACUUGGAGAUCAUCUACGAGAUCAACCAUCGCCACCUGGAGCGUAUCUCCUCUAUGUUCCCGGGUGACAGUGACCGUCUGCGUCGCAUGUCCCUGAUCGAAGAGGGCGGCCAGAAGAAGAUCAACAUGGCGCACCUGUGCAUCGUGGGCGCCCACGCCGUCAACGGAGUGGCUCGCAUUCACUCCGACAUCCUCAAAGCCACCGUGUUUAAGGAUUUCUAUGAGGUGGACCCUCAAAAGUUCCAGAACAAGACCAACGGCAUCACCCCUCGCCGCUGGCUGGUCAUGUGCAACCCUGGACUGGCUGAUGUCAUCGCAGAGAGAAUCGGAGAGGACUACAUCCGUGACCUGGACCUACUCAAGAAGCUACUGAGGUUUGAGGAUGAUGACGCUUUCAUCCGAGACAUUGCCAAGGUCAAGCAGGAGAACAAGCUCAAAUUCGCCGUUUACCUGGAGGAGCAAUACAAGGUGAAGAUCAACCCUGACUCCAUGUUCGAUCUGCAAGUCAAGAGGAUCCACGAGUACAAGAGACAGCUGCUGAACUGCCUGCACAUCAUCACCUUCUACAACCGCAUCAAGAAGGAACCUAACAAGUCCUGGACCCCCAGGACCAUCAUGAUUGGUGGGAAGGCGGCCCCGGGUUACCACACCGCCAAGAUGAUCAUCAGGCUCAUCACGGCCAUCGGAGACAUCGUCAAUAACGACCCUGUCGUGGGUGACCGCCUCAAAGUCAUCUUCCUGGAGAACUACAGGGUCACUCUGGCCGAGAAAGCGAUCCCAGCGGCUGACCUAUCAGAGCAGAUCUCCACGGCCGGCACAGAGGCCUCAGGAACUGGCAACAUGAAGUUCAUGCUGAAUGGCGCCCUCACCAUCGGCACCAUGGAUGGGGCCAACGUGGAGAUGGCGGAGGAGGCUGGAGAGGACAACCUCUUCAUCUUCGGCAUGAGGGUGGAAGAUGUGGAGGAGCUGGACAAGAGGGGGUACCAUGCCACUGAAUAUUACAACCGUAUUCCUGAGCUGAAGCAGGCCAUUGAUCAGAUAGCAGGUGGAUUCUUUUCUCCCAAAACCCCUGACCAGUUCAAAGACAUCGUUAACAUGCUGAUGCACCAUGACAGGUUCAAGGUGUUUGCUGAUUAUGAGGACUACAUCAAAUGCCAGGAAAGAGUCAGUGCUCUGUAUAAGAACCCUAAAGAGUGGACCAAGAAGGUGAUCCAUAACAUCGCUGGCUGUGGCAAGUUUUCCAGCGACCGCACCAUAGCCCAGUAUGCCCGUGAGAUCUGGGGAAUGGAGCCCAGCCUCGCCAAGAUCGCUGCCCCAGAUGACCCCCGCUAAACCGUCCCUGUGCCGGAAAACCCCCCUCCUUCAGCGCCAUGCAAGAUAUUUAAUCAGUGAAGCUAGAAUAAAAAGACAAAAACAGGCGCCACCCCUCCAAAACUUUAGAUUAUGAUUGUGUCAGAUGUGAUGUAGUAUUUCUGUAUCUCCUGUAAGAUAAGUGUACCCUCUCUAGCUGAUUGACACUCACAGAUAUAUAGCUAUAUCUACUCUUACCAGUGCUUGCUGUCAAAAAAAAAAUCUUUCAGUGGUCAAACAUAAGUGUUCUAUCAAUAUUACGCCUACUGGCAAUGCCAUGUUGACCCUGUGUUAUUGUGCCGUUGUUCAUCCAACAACGCCCUCCCCGAUCUGAAGCAUCCACUACAGAAGCACCGGAACAGCUAGAGAAGAAAAACUCCAUUACCGUCACCUCCAUGGCAAUUUUCCCUCUAAUAUCUAUAUAUCAGGAGGCUGUCAAAUAUUGACAGCAAGAGGUGACUAGCGAUACCAUGUCUUCCAUUCCAGAAGGCACAUCUCUCACUCUGAAAUGACAAGACAUAUGGCAGUCUGACUUACGGAAUAUGCACGCAACUAAUAUACACUGUGAAUCUGCAGAGAGGUCCUGGCAUUGAAAGAACACACUGUCUAUAUCGGUACAAAGCGUUGGAUCAGGGUGGAGUGUUUGAGAAACCUUGGGGCGUGAGUGUGAAACAUGAAAUCACGGGUGCGUUAUGUGACUGUUGCAUAAGUUCACCAUAUCUUGUUUUUGCACCAUCAGAUCAUUAUUGCUUUUGCUUGCGGUGGCUCACUAUCUAAGAAACACAAACUCUGUCACCAUGUCUUUUACCUUCAUCAACAAAGAGCUGUACUACCUUGUGAGCGAAUCUGUAUGUAUAUGCUCUCUGGCACUAGUAAUGACAACACAGGUCAUUGAAACAGUUAUCCUCUUUGUCCAGGUAUUUUUUUUCUUUUAAAGCAAACCAGGCUGUGCACAGCCUACCUUCCACUACUUCUACCUACUUUGCCUAACACUCUCCUACCACUAACAGGAAAUGCCUUAACAAUGUAUAUGUGUCUGUGUGUGUGUGUGUUUGUGUGAGUGUGUAAGAGACAUGAGACCCCCCCAUUUGUGCACAUAUGUUCAUAUACACUCUUACUCUCCGCC